AUGCCUGGGAAACUCCUGAACUGGCCCGCGUGGCGAGAGUACGAGACUGUGCCUCACGAAAUCGCUUUCGAGGAGGAAUUUGUCAAGGUCAAAGCCGCCAUCAUCGCCGAGUAUAGUGAGGAAGCGCUCACCAAGAGCUGGCUCAAGGUCUGCAAAGAGCUCGAGACCGUUACAAACCAGCUAGCCAGCCAAGGCAGUGCCGCCAUCCCUGUGUAUGAGUACAGCGAAAUUGCCACCAAGGGGUUCAGCGAAGAACAAAAGGAACAGAUCAAGGCAAAGGGUUGCUGCAUCGUGCGCAAGACCAUACCUGAGGAUAAGGCCAAAUUGCUGUUCCAGGAUCUCAAACACUUUGCGAUGGAGAACAAAGAGGCCAUCAAUGGCUGGCACGUCGAGUCGCCGGUUAUACUGCGUCUUUUCAACUCACCCACGCAAGUCAAGAUCCGCACCGACCCGCGCCACAUUGCGCUGCAGCGCCAGCUGAACGCGCUCUUUCAUGACGCCUCGGGCGAGACAAGCCCCGAGCCGCUGAGUUACACUGACGCAACGCGAAUCCGGCCCCCUGGGCAGACUUUUCUCGGCCUCGGGCCGCACAUUGAAGCAGGCAGCCUGUGCCGCUGGGCGCAUUCUCAGUACCGCAAGGUAUACGAACGCAUCUUCUCUGGCGAGCCGGAGAAUCACGACUCAUACGACCUCGAUGUGCGAAAAGACGCGGACCAGUACAUGUUUCCUGCGGGCGCACACUCGGCCGUGUUACGCGCGUUCCAGGGGUGGACGGCCUUGACACCGGCGAGCCCUUCAUGCGGCACGUUGAUGCUAUAUCCCGACGUCAAGACGGUGAUUGCGUACGUGGUACUGCGGCCUUUCUUCUCGCCGCCAAAGGAUCAGAGCGACGUGAUGGAUGCGAGCAAGUGGACGUUUGAUGGGAGGUCGCCGUGGUUUCCUGGCACAACGGUGCCGGAUAGUCAGAGGCUAAGUACCUUGUCACAUCCGCACCUGCGGCUGAAAGACUGUCUGAUGCAUAUACCGGCCAUGGGAGCUGGUGAUACUGUGUGGUGGCAUACCGAUAUGUGUCAUGCGGUCGACCCGGAACAUAAUGGUGAGGGCGAUGCCAGCGUGGUCUACAUCGCUGCAUGCCCUACUACCAAGACCAAUAAGGAUUAUGUCAAGAAGCAACUGCAGGCUGCGCUGGUGGGAGGAGGGCCACCUGAUAGAAUCGGACUGGUGCUAAAUGAGUCGGCUUUGAAAGGGUACGAGGGGUUUGAUAAUGUUUCUGAGGAGGGAAAGGUGGUGCUUGGGUUCAACCUGCUGUGA